UGAGCCAGUGAAUGAAAAACACAGAAGAGGAAGUACAGACAAAAAAAAAAAAAGAGAGGCAGGUAGAAGUGCUUGGUAACUUGAGACUGCAGAAUACAGGAUGUACACGUAUGCAGAGAGGACUUUAAAGGAACUGCUGGUGAGUCAGGAGGCAGUCAUUGCAGUCUGUCUCUUCCCCAUUUUCUAAGAGCAGCAGCAGGAGGGUUUUGUUGGCCAGUUAAACACCAAGGUGGUCUCUGACAGUCACGCUGGAUCACAGCAGUUGCACCUUUGUUACGUCUUACAGCACCAAUUGUGCUUACUGAGUACCUUCAGCUGGGAUCUGCUGCGUCUCUGCAACAUUAAGCAGCAAUGGCAUUUGUGAAGAGCGGAUGGCUGCUCCGGCAAAGUACUAUUUUACGGCGUUGGAAGAAGAACUGGUUUGAUCUGUGGUCUGAUGGCCGCUUAAUAUUCUAUGAUGAUCAAAGUCGCCGUGAUCUGGAAGAUAAAAUCCACAUGAGAAUCCACUGCAUCAACCUCAGAGUGGGGAAUGAAUGUCGAGAUUUCCAGCCUCCAGAGGGGAAGCAGAGAGACUGUUUACUGCAGAUUGUUUGCCGUGAUGGGAAGACAGUCAACCUCUGUGCAGAGAGUGCAGAUGACUGCCUGGCAUGGAAAAUUGCUCUCCAGGAUGCCAGAACAAACACAGGCUAUGUGGGAUCUGAUGUGAUGUAUGAUGAGACAGCCAUUUCCUCAGCCCCUCCUCCCUACACAGCUUAUGCCACACCAUCACCUGAGGUUUAUGGCUAUGGCUAUGAUCAGUACAAUGGUGCGUACCCCCCAGGCCCUCAGAUCUUCUAUGCCUCCAAUGGACAAGCUUAUGCUGUGCCCUAUCAGUAUCCAUACCAAGGACCUUAUGGGCAGCCCCCUGCAAACCACGUCAUCAUCCGAGAGCGUUACCGUGACAGCGAUGGGGACCUUGCACUGGGCAUGCUGGCUGGAGCAGCAACUGGAAUGGCUCUGGGAUCACUCUUUUGGGUCUUCUAGAUUACCCUUUCCUUAUCUCUGUAGUUCCAAACCCCUUUAUUGUGUGCAAUAAUAUAUUGGCAAUGUUGUUUACUGUUAAACUUUGAAAAAUGCAAUAGUUAUUUUUCAGUAGUGACAUCUUAAUAACUGAUUCUUAACUGUCUUAAUGAGAGUUUAAAGGCACCAUUUAGUUAAGUGGUUGGAAAUGGCAUCUGCUGCUCUUGAAUUCUGGUCUGAUGUUCAGAAUUAUAGGGAUCAAUAUGAGCACCAGUGUCACGUGGUAGCAGUCACCUGCUUUAUGAACAGACUGUUGUAAACACCAUAGGAAAAAUGAUUGGUUUUUUUUUUGGGGAAGGAUCUAAGAUCUAAUUCAAAUAAGGGGUUAAUAGGAGUCCUGCAUUAGUGUACAUAUACUACUGGCUUUUAAACAUUCACUGGAAAAACAUAGAGCUCAGCAGAGAUUCCUUGGCAUUAGACAGUCUGCCAUGCUUGAGGGUUUUUUUGUUUGUUUUCAGACUUGCCUGCAGAUGGUAGUGUGUUUUCUUAGGUGCAGCCGUGUACCUGCCUCUCACACCAUCCAGGUGAAGUUGUCUCUGAGAAUGUAUGAGCAAACCACUAGGAAGCAGCAGCACUCCUCAAUUCUUUUAUUCUCCCAGAAAUGUGAAUGACCAGUGGCAAGGAAGAGCAGUGUUUGUUGUUCUAGCUCCCUCUUUAUCCUGGAUGACUCUUGUGUGGUCAGAUGGAAGUUUAGCUGCAUCUUUAGCUUUGCAGGUGUCUGCAGAGCAGCAGCCUCAGAUACUGCAGGAGCUGCAUGGUUAGGAGCCAGCUAUUGUCUCUGCUCCUCACUACCAUGGCUCAGCAGAGGCUGCAGGAGGAAAAGGAACUUGAGCAGCCCUUGCUCUGUUGGGCCUGCCAGCCCCUCUGCAGCAGGAACAGGAGGGGAGAGACAAGCAACUCAAGCAGACCUUGCACACAGGCACUUUGAUAUCAGCUGCCUUGCAGGGCUAGGAUAUGAUGCCUGCCGCAGCCACCAAGGUUUGCUGAACCAGGUUCCUUAUUUGCAAGUAAUUCUGAGCACAGCUGAGCCUGGGUUUGUUGUAUGUACAUUUCCCCCUCACAUUCAGCAGGUCUCCUCUUCCCUCCAUGACUUGUUGAGAAAAACACUCCAAGGAACCUGUCUGGCUUUGCUUGUAUGUGUGGUUUCUCUAGUGUGCUGUCCCCUGGAGUGCAGCUGUUUUGUGUGUUACAUGGCCUGUUCUAAUCCGUGCUGAGCUGUGCUUGGCAGAGAAAGAAAGCUCUGAAGAAAUGCAUGGGCUUUCUUGUUCAGGUAAAUGAGGCAGGGUGCCUAAGUUGAGUUCUUAUAGUAAGAGGACUUAUUUUUAUACUUCCACUCUUAGCUUCCUGUAUUUGCAUACUGUUUUAAUGGUAAGUCAUACUUAUGCUUCCAUUUAGAAGAAGGUUAAUUUCCUUAUGGUUCACAGGGUUUCAUGUCAGGAAAGAUGAAAAUAGAUGAGAACUUGCACCUAUAUAAAUUUAGCUGAAGUCCCAAUCUUCAUUUCAUCCUAAAAUUCUCUUGGCUCUUUCCUACUUAUUUAAGUAAUAGAGGUCCUGGACAAGAGUUUGGGUAGCAGCCAGGGGAAGCACUAGGCUUUCAUGAGCCUUAGGACUAACUCAAGCAAGUGGAAUCACUGGAAGUAAACAGACAGAUGUCAUUGUGGCUGCUUUACUAAGAGUGGCCCAAUCCAGGGAAGGUAAACUGCCUUCAGGAGGCCAGCUCUGAGCUGUACACCAGUGUGCAAGCAUGUCCUUUCACAGGUUAACACAAGCUGCACGUGGUCAGCCAGUCAGAUGUACUGAGAGGACAUUCUGGAAGUGCAAAAGAGGACUAAAGGGAGAGUUUCCUAUUGCUAAUCCAAACCAAAAGAAAUUGCAGUACACUACUGAAGCUCUCUUAGAGACCUUGAGGUCAGAAAGGGAUGGAAUGUAAGUGGGCAAACAUGUCUGCCCUUUUAAAAAGCCCUUUAAGAGGUGAGUUUGGUUACAGGUAUAUGCUGCUGUUUGGUUUGUGCUUUGCAAUAGUGAGUUCUGCAGAAUGCCUCCAUCUCCUCCUCUUCCUCUGUGAUUCUUAACUUGUAAGGGGCAGGGGAGAAUAAAACCACUGGGCAUCAUAUGAUUUUCUGAAUUUCCUAAUGAUUGGGAAAGGAUAACAAAAAGUGAAUCAGCUGGGUUUUUUGUUUUGGUUUGGGCUUUUUUUUUUCAGAAGAACUGUUAGUCACAGCAGGGCAACAUGUACUUUGUGUUUUCAGGAGAUAACUCUGUCUAGGUCCCUAGUUUCUUCAAGUGAAGUAUAUAAAAUAAAGAUUGUUGAUUGCAAAACA